GUCUGUUUGUCUUGAAUCUGAAUAGCGAUGGCCAGUCAAGUUCACGAAUCCAUUCCAGGCAAGGAAAACAACAAACGACAUAUGUUAAAGUAGUAUACAUGCUGAAUGUGAACGACAGUGACUGUUGAUAUCUCCCUCGUUGAGCUUCCAUAGCUCUAUCUCGCCAAUAUAUAAAACUCCUACAUCCCCUUUCCCAUCUAAACCUUCCCUCCAGCCAAACCGCGUCUCGUACACUACCUACCUACCACACGACAAACCUCCCUCAUAUUCAACACUCUUCUACCAUAACCAGCAGCGGUAUCACCACCACCACCAUCACCAUGAACCCCGCCAUCCACAUCCCCGACGACGUCCCCAGCGACGAAUGGAAGAAAUCCGACGUCUUCCGGUACCGCCCCACCCUCAAAUCCGUCAUCGUCUCAGGCCUCGACGCCGUCUUCAGCGAGAUCAAGGGAACCGUCGAGACCCUCGCGCACUCCAUCUUCAACCAGCGGGUCGAGGCGAGCUGGGCGCUGCAGCCCGUCGUCAUCGACGUGGGUGGGAAGCCCGUCCGGAUGCACGAUUACAUGGGCGUGCUUUCCCCAACGCCCGCACCACACCACAGCGGAGUUGGGGGUCUCGGGGCUGGAGGCAUGGGCGUAGGCGCAUUCGACACGCACAUCUACGCCCCCGUCAUCACCAUCCCCCUCCCUAUGGGCAUGCGCUCAACCGACAAGCGCGUAACCCUGCUCCGCGACGCUUUGCUCUACGACGAGACGGGCGAGUUCAAGGGGCCCCUGGGGGUCCCCUUCCGCCGGAACUCGGCGUACCGCGAGUUCACGCUCGAGUUCACGGCGCAGGUGCCCGACGCCGAGAUCCCGGGCCGCAGCUUGUGGUGGCCUUCGACGUAUGUGUAUCUGCCGGACCCGAGGACGGUGUUUGCGUACGGGUAUGAGCCCCAGUUCACGCAGCACCGCACCGAUGUCACGAAGCACGUCGCGAACGACCUGAUCCUGCGGGACUGGGCGCGUGAGUUUCGGCGCGCGAGGGAGGCUGUGGAGAGUGGUAACGGUAACGGUAACGGUAACGGUAGCCUACAGAUGAGCUGGAAGGGGUCGAGUUUGGUGAUGGAUUAUUAGAUGGCGUAGGAAUAACCGGGUACACUCUUUGGGAGAUUGGACGAUCAUUUUGAGUGUAGCGAAAAGGGGGUAGAGCGAUGAUUUUUUGGGGAUUAUCUGAGAAAGGGGGGUGGAAUAGAAGGUAACCUAGCGAUGAAAUUAAUUUAGGGAAAUUGCCAGCGUCAGAUCGAGUUCAGGAGUUGUGAAAUAUUAC